AUGACGUUUCAGACAUGGGACCUGCAAUGGCCAUUUGGCCUGUUUCUGCUGGCCACAACUCUAGCAUACAUUGUGUUUAGUAGAUUGAAAGGAGGAAAGGCCCUGGCUCGUCCGCGCAAAGCAUCGACUGCUAAGACACCACCGCGCUCAUUAUCGCCAAAAAAGCCAUCAGCAUCACCAGCAUCGCCCUCGGAUUACAGUACUGUUUUACCUCCGCCACGGAGAGAUGCCAUGCUGAGCAUGAACAGUAAAGUACCCAAGACUGCGACGGAAAAUGUCAGUGAGGAAACCAUUUUGAAAAAUAUUCUCCCGAUGACACAGAACUACGAGGUCGCUGAAGGAACCCUAUACACUCCCAUGGGCUUCUCUGUCAAAGAAAUAAAGGAGAUGGGAGACUUUCCCGACUAUUCUGCGCUCAGUGGCGUGCCAUUGCCGAAUGCUUACAAUGGAUUUGACAUUGGGAAAUCCAUACCUCGACCGUAUCGGCCGUUCAGAUGGGCUUAUCAUCAGACCAUGUCAUUGAAAAAGCUUGAAACGGAUUGGUGGAUCGAACUUGAAAAUACAUACAAAGACCGAAUUGCCCAGCGCAAGGCCCUAUAUGAGAAGUACGGAAAGCAAGUGCUUGACUGGAUGCCAGGAUCUGAACUCGUCUGUAAAGAAUUAUUGGAGAUGGUUUUACAGUUCAUCUGUGCUCGCUACCCCCAGUACUUCUCCAUCCGAGAUGACCGCAUUUUAGUAAACAAGAUAUUGGACACAGAACAGGACAUUCGCUCCAAAAGUCCCUUGGAAAUCCUCAUGGAUAAUGUCCCUGAAGACUUCGCCAUCACCUUGCGAGAUGAUAAGACCGGUUUUUAUGUUUUUCGCGCAGGUGUCAUAUGUUCAUCGCUCGGUUGGAAUGUCGGCUCGAAGAUUGGUCUCCAAUUGCAUGAGAUCCAUGCUCCUGUCCCGGAUUACAAAGAGAAAAUGAAGUUCUCUAUGGAUCGAUUUUUCACCAAAAUGCCGGCAGAUAAGCCUAUCCAACGCGGCUCAUGGGGCUUAGAAGUUGGUCAACCGCUUUACAUGCCAGCGGGAGAUCCGCACGAGCUGCACAGAUUAUCGCAAAAUCCUAACCUCGGUCUUGAAGACUGCUUCCUUCGAGUUGACUGGCAGACAUUGCGACGUCUCCCCAUCUCAGGAGGCAUCGUUUUCAACUUCAAAGCGUUGUUCACGCAAGUCAAAGAAUUCAGAGACGAACCGAGAAUCCCUGCGUUGAUUGCCAAAAUUCUGAGAGGAGGAAAAGAAAACCUCAUGAAGUAUAAGAACACAUGGCAUGUGGAACACGUCAUACUCCCCGCACUAGAUGAAUGGAACAAGGAGCAAGAAGACAGCAGCACAAUCGAAAAAAAUUGGGAAGUGGCCACAUUAGAUGAGGAUCCCUGGUACAAAGGCUGGGAAGAGAAAUGGCACCGCCAACAGGGCUUUUGA